UUGGGGAGGGGUGGGGCAGAGUGAAACGUAAGCUCCUUGAGGGCAGACGGGGCGUACCCACCAGGGAGGUUCCUAAGAUUGUAGAUUUAGAGCUGGCAGGGACCUCCGAAGCCACCGAGCCCAAAGCCCCCAUUGUACAGCUCCUCAGGCCCCACCUGACCCAUGAUUCUUCGUUCUGGGAAAGUGACAUUCAUGUCUCCCCAACCAUUGGGAGACCUUGAUGUCCUGGAAGAAGACAGAUGGCCUUGUGUCAGUCUAUGCUGGCCACUCCAGAGAACAAGGGAGGCUUCAAGGCUGCUAGAGAGAAGCCGGAUGUGUGAGGCCAGUACUCAAGACGCCAGUGGUGAGGUGCAUCUCCCCAGUCAGGGGCAGUGCCAGGCAUUAAGUUUGGUCCAGGAGUCAUCAAGCAAGAGGAAGUGGGCAAAGGCAUUUGAUGAAGAAGCCCCCCAGGUCCCUUGGAGUCAGCCUACAACCCCAAACCCCUAUUUCUGUGCUCUACCCAUGGAGGAGACCUUCCCCUGCCCCCUCAGCUCCCUCACCCCCUGUCCUCUGUACCGAAGGAGACUCUGGCCUCGGAGGCUAAAUAUUCCUCCAAAGACCCGGAGCAUGCCAGAUAGCACAUUGGUCCUGGAGUUGGAUGACACCCUGGUCUCUUGCUCCCUCCGGGCUCUGCCCAAUGCCCACUUCUCCUUCCCUGUGAGUUUCCAAGGUAUGUAUUACAAGGUGCAGGGCAGGCUGCGGCCCCACACCCAUGAAUUCCUGGAGAUCCUGAGUCACUUCUUCCAGAUCAUGAUCUUCACCACAGCUAAAAGGGACUACGCAGAGCCAAUCGCAGAUCUCCUGGAUCCCCACAAGAAGCUGAUUAGGGGCCGCCUUUUCCAGGAUGACUGCAUCUGCCUCCAGGGUCACUAUGUGAAGGAUCUGAAGGUGCUGGGGCAGGACCUGGCCCGGACUGUGGUCCUGACUGAUUCCCUCAAGGCCUUCCCUUACCAGAUGGACAACCAGCUCCUGAUUCCCCGAUGGAAGGGGGACAGUGAGGACCAGGAGCUGUCUAAGCUUCUGCCUUUCCUGGAACGUCUAAGUGACUUGGAUGAUGUCCGACCAGAGCUUUGGAGCCUCCACCCUACCCUGAGCACAGAGGAGUGAAGCAGGCCUCCCUUCCCUGGGAAGGUGGAUGCUGAGUUCUGGGGGCUUUCAGGGGUCUGGGACAUCAACAGGAGCUCCCUGGGAGAGGACAUCAGUUGCAUUUCACGUAUGAAAAGACUGAGAAACUUUAAUAAAAUGAUUUUACCACUCCAGUGGCUGAGGUGGACAAAGGGCCUAUGGCAGAGGAGAGCAUUAUCUGGGCUUAUGGGGGGCAGAGCAGCACGAAUAAUGAUAGGAACAAAUGUUUUAUGUGAGUGAUCUCAUUUAAGCCUGGCCCCACCAGGAGCAAUGGGUUUUGACUGGCCGUUUUACUGAAGAGGGCUCUGCACUUUGGAGAGGUUAACUGCUUUGCCCCUUCAAGUGUCAAAGGGGGUUUGAUUGGAUGUCUUCCUGACUCCCAAGCCAUCACUCUGUCUAGUAUGCCACUUUGCCAAGGCAGGUGCUUUGGAAUCGGUCCAUAAACACUCAUUAAGCACCUAAUGUGUGCUAGGUACCAUGCUAACCCUAAGAGGCAGUUUCUACCUCAACCAGUUUUGUAAAAGGGAAUGCCCUUGAGGAGUAAAAAGUCAUCUCUCGAGAGAUGACUUUUUACUCCUGCUUGAUACUAAGACUAGGCGACCCCCAGCAAUCUGGAUGGGCAGGCCAUCUCCAGCGGGACCAUGCUGGUUGGUUUUCUCUGUCUUGAGCUGGGUCAUCAACUCUGCCGGAGGGGCACGAGGACAGGGGCUCAUUUACUACCCCACCCCCCACUAAGAACUUUACCAGAACAGAUCCUGCUUACACUUUGAGCAGAAGUUAGGUCUCUUGGUUGGACGGGGUCCCGCCCAAGAUUGAAGAGCAGUUCCUGGAGGGCUGGGACAAUCUCAUCAGUCUUGUCCUUCAGAGACUGACUUUUUAACAGGGGCUGGGUCUUGAAUGAAGAAAUAAAGGAGAAAAUCCUGGAUCCCCAUUAAUAAUUGGUUAUUAAUAUAAUAGCAAAAUAAUUCACUCACAAAAAAAGGUAAUAGACAGUCCGUACCUUGAAGAUCUCCCACUCUAAUGGAGGAGGUAAGAUCUGAGCUUCCUGAGAC